AUGGCGGGCACCGGGCCGGGCACCGAGGGGGUGCUGGGGGGCACGGGGGAGGCCGGCACGGAGGAGGAGGAGGAGGCCGAGGCGAGGCAGGUGCGGAGGGCCACCGAGCUCAUCGACAGGCGCCUGGCGCAGGAGGAGGAGGAGCAGGCGGCGGCGGCACAGAAGCGCCGGGGCGUCUCCGACGUGAAGCCGGGGCCCGCGCAGAUGGACACGCUGGUUCUGGAGGACGAGAAGCACGGCGGCGCUCAGAAUCAGGCGCUACAGAAGGUCAAGGGCCAGGAGCGGGUGAGGAAGACAUCGCUGGACCUGCGGCGGGAGAUCAUCGACGUGGGCGGGAUCCAGAACCUCAUCGAGCUGCGCAAGAAACGCAAGCAGAAGAAGCGAGAGGCCCUGCUCGCCCCGCCCGAGCCCCCGCCGGAGCCCCAGGAGAUUACUGGCCCGGUAGAGCCGGAGGCUUAUCUGAAAGCGGCCGUGGAGGGGAAGAUGAAUGUGAUCGAGAAGUUCCUGGCUGACGGAGGCUCCGCGGACACUUGUGAUGAAUUUCGCCGGACAGCCCUGCACCGGGCCUCCCUGGAGGGCCACGUGGACAUCUUGGAGAAGCUGCUGGCCAGUGGGGCCUCCGUGGAUUUCCAGGACCGGCUGGACUGCACGGCCAUGCACUGGGCCUGCCGCGGGGGCAGCCUGGAGGUGGUGAAGCUUCUGCAGAGCCGAGGGGCUGACCUCAACCUCAGGGACAAGCUCCUGAGCACACCUUUACACGUGGCAACGCGGACCGGGCAGGUGGAAAUCGUGGAGCAUUUGCUGUCCACCGGAGUGGACAUCAACGCCAGAGACAGGGAAGGUGACGGGGCUCUGCAUGACGCCGUGAGGCUCAACCGCUACAGAAUCAUCAAAAUGCUGCUCUUGUAUGGGGCUGACAUGAUGGCCAAGAACUUGGAGGGAAAGACCGCAGCGGACUUGGUGCACCUGUGGCAGGCCGACACCCGCAAUGCGCUGGAGAGCCCCAAGCUGGAGCACCGGCAGCGGCGGGAACACAACGGCCUGGACCACCCGGCCGAGGGCCGGCCAGAGACCCCUCAGCCCGCCCCCACCCAGUAG